GCCUUAAUCACCCUCCACAUUUAUCCGGAUGUGGAAAACCGACACCACGGAUUUCUCCCGGGUGCUCACCUCUUAUGAAAUCCUUAAUUUUAUCUUGAAUUAAGUAUACUUCAAAAAUAUUUCUCAAUCUCUCUAAAUAGUCUCAAAAAUAUUUAAAAAUAUUUAAUAUCCAAAAGAACUUCGUUUGCACUUCAAAAAUACCAUAAAUCUAAUAUCUCCUCAAAAUCACAUACACAUAAUUCAAAAUUCACUCUCUAUCACAAAAUGCAUAAUAAGCAUAUAAUACGAGGAAAUCAUUUUGGAUCGGCAGAGAAACUUACAGUAGGUCCUGACGCUCCUAAUUCUCCUCCUCUACUCGGGUGUCUAAAUAAUCACCUUUUUAAUUAAGAUGACAUAAUUAGUCACUUAUUCUAUUUGUAAUAAUUUACCCGAUUUUUCUCUUUUAUUAUUCGAAUUUCGGUUAUCUAUUAAUUAUUAGUUAAUCAUUUUUAUUAAGCUUACUUUAUUUCGUAAUCUAAGUUCUCAUCUUAUCUAUUCAUUUUUUUUAAUUAACUUGGUACUUUAGUUUAACCCAAUCCAAUAUCCGAAUUAAUUUAUACUCAAAAUAUUAAAAUGCCCGAAUUAUUUUCAUUAUAUCUUAAUACUAAAACAGCCAUUAAAUUAAUCUUCUCUUGUAAAAUAUCCGAAUCAUAAAUGUUAAACAUUCAGAAUACUUAUAAAUAUCUCCGAAUAACGUUACUUAGUAAUUAAUUUUAUAAACAGCCAGAAAUUAUUAAUUCAACAGUUCUAAAAUAGUCAUAUAUCUUAAAAUAUUGUUUAAUUCGUGUAUUAUUUUUAACAAGUUAAUUGAUCCAUUAUUAUGUAGUUUCCCCGACUAAAAAUGACAAGUUUGUCCAAAUAAUUAUUAUCAACUAAUCAAUUUAAUUCCAUCUUUCAAUAUUGCUAUCUCAAAAUAUUACGUAGUAUUAGCUUUGCCUAUGAUUAGUAUUAUUUAUUAUGGAGUAUUAUUCAUUAUUCUGGUUAUGGUGUAUUUCUAGGAUUACUCUCAUCCCCUCCGUAUUAUAUUAAUGUUUAACAACUAGUCCAAUAGUGUAAUAAUUCACUUAGCCUGAGUUUGAUAAUAAUAUAGCAUGCACAGACCGCCUUCUUCGUUGUUCGAACACAGGAAACGCCGCAAACAAUUGAAAAACGGUCAACGGGAUGGCUUACCUUGGAGACGACGGACGGUUGGAAGGGCAACGGUAGGGGAGUCGUUCGAAGAUGGAGACGGUACGGUCAAUCAGUGGCGGCGGCAACUCUCUUCCUCUGAUGCGAAGACCCAGUUCGGCAAUAGCUCCCGCGGAACUCCGGUGAAGCUUUUUCUCCUCGUUUCACGACCGUUUUCAACGAUUCUUUCUCCGUUGGAUUCCCCUCACGAUGGGGAAGGUUUUUAGAAGCGUGUAAGCUCUUGUUUUUGGGUAAAUAAAUUUGCCGCAGCGUAGUAUGAUGAGUAUAUAUGUAUAUAUAUGACUAUACGAGAGUAUGACUAAGCAUAGGCGUUGCUUGAGGUGUGGAGAUGUUUAGUAGGCAGCUCGUGUAUUUAUAAGCCCGAUCCGAAGCUCUAGCUUGCAAGUUGCUGAAGAUUGCUUCGUUGCAUGUGGGUAUGCCGGUCGUUAGUCUCACACGGAGCUAUGGUACCCAUGUAUGUAGUAUGAUGUAUGUCAUUCUUGGAUAUAUAUAUUAUCAUUAUGUACUUG